ACGGAAUUGCCCUUGCAAUUUUCAGUAUAAACCACAUUUGCGAUUUUUCUCACCAGCAAGCUCUCCAUAUUCUCUUCUUCUUUACAAAUCAACCUACCUAAUCAAUACAAAGAUUCUAAUUUCAAGAUGGAUGAAAUCGCCCCAGAGUAUGAUGUUGUCGUUUUGGGCACUGGUAAGCUUGCUUAACCCCGCAUUGGCUGGAGGGGCAUGGAUGGGAGGGAGCAUUAUGCUUUUUGUUGGGGAAAUGGCUAACGCUGGUUUCUAGGUUUGACGGAAUGUGUUCUUUCUGGGUAUGUGGAUUUGUGAGAUGGUAGGAUUCUAUACUGAUGGUUUUGCGUAUAGAGUUUUGAGUGUUAAGGGACAGAAGGUCUUGCACAUUGAUCGAAAUGAUCAUUACGGAGGGUAUGUAUUUCGAGCUGGCAGAAAGGAAAUAAGUCAACAAUAACUAAUUUUUUCAAUAGCGAAGCUGCAUCCGUCAAUAUCGAAGCCGUGAGUACGAUUGUAGGGCCUGCAAAGCUUUGUUCUGACAAUCACGAUAGCUCUUCAAGAAAUAUGGAAACUAUAAUCAGGGGGAGGAGCCAUGGAAGAAGUACGGACGUGCGAAUGAUUGGAACAUCGAUUUGGUGCCUAAGCUUUUGAUGUCUUCGGGUGAACUCACAAAUAUUCUCGUCUCAACUGAUGUUACGAGAUAUCUUGAGUUCAGAUCCGUAGCUGGAAGCUAUGUACAACAAGGCGCUGGUCCAAAGGCUAUGGUUGCGAAGGUUCCAUCGGAUGCUGGUGAGGCUCUGAGAUCAUCUUUGAUGGGCAUCUUUGAGAAGCGAAGGAUGAAGAGUUUCCUUGAGUGGCUUGGUACAUUCAAUGUUGCCGAUCCUGAAACUCACAAGGGUAAGAGGGUUGAAAUACCUCCCUUUCUGGAAUCCGCUGACAGAAAGAAGGACUUAACAUGAGUACCUGCACCAUGAAGGACGUUUACGAUAAAUUUGGACUCGAGACCGGUACUCGAGACUUCCUUGGUCAUGCCAUGGCUUUAUACCAAACCGAUGACUAUAUCAACGAGAAGGGCUCAGCUCCAGCAACCCUCGAUCGCAUUCGUCUGUAUGGAAACUCGGUCGCCCGUUACGGAAAGUCCCCAUACAUCUACCCAGCAUACGGUCUCGGUGAACUUCCUCAAGGUUUCGCUCGUUUGUCUGCUAUCUACGGUGGUACCUAUAUGCUUAAUGCAAGCAUUGACGAGAUCAAAUAUGAUGGAGAUAAGGUCUGCGGUAUCAAGGCGACGAUGCAUGAGAAGGAUGUUCAGGGCAAUGACUCCACCAUGACUUUCGAGACAAAGACAAAGAAGAUUAUUGCAGACCCUUCAUACUUCCCAGACAAGGUUCGCGUGGUCGGUCAACUCUUAAAGGCUAUUUGCAUCUUGAACCAUCCACUUGCUGGAACAGAAAAUGCUGAUUCCGCUCAACUUAUUAUUCCUCAAUCUCAGGUUGGACGCAAGAACGGUACGUUCUUGUGAAUCUCAAGUAUUCAGAUAUAUAUAACUAACAUAUUUAUAGAUAUUUACAUUGCUGUCGUUUCCAACGUCCACAGUGUUUGUCCAAAGGGUUACUAUAUCGCUAUCGUCUCUACCAUUGCCGAGACCGACUCUAACCAUCAUUUGGAACUUGCACCUGGUCUUGAGCGUCUCGGAAAGAUUGAAGAGAAGUUCAUGGUAAGCUUCUCUCCUUUUACCACUAUCACCCUUGCUAUGAUUAAAAUAAUUCGAUGCUAACAUAAAUCAACCAAACAGGGUCCACCAAUUCCUCUCUACGAACCUAUCGAAAGCGGCGAGAAAGACCGUAUCUUCAUCUCUAAAUCAUACGACGCUACAUCCCAUUUCGAGACUACUACGGACGAUGUUAGAGACAUCUACCGCCGGGCUGAAGGACACGAAUUGGUGGUCGAGGGUUUGAGAGAGGGUACUAAUUUGGUUGGUGAGCAGCAGUAAAUUUUGACGACGGAGAUUUGAGGCUAGAUAAUUCAGAUCGUACGUACAUAGGGCAGAUGAACGGGAUUGAAGGAUGGAUAGGAGGUCCUCGCCUUGAGAGUGGUCAGAGAGUUUUUAUGCAUUGGAAUGGUACAUGGUACCUUUUGCCUGCUUUACUUUAAUAAAUUUGAUGUUUGUGGUGUUGACUUGAUUUGCUAUAUACAAUUAGUUACCGAUUAUGUCUGGUGUGUUAUUAUUAGCUAAGACUACAGAAUGGUGAUGGCUCGAAUAACUUCUGCAUGCAUGCAUGGUCUGACAUUGUCGAGCUGGCUUCGGUUUUUAAGAGGGGGGAUGUGUACGGGCCGAACAGAGAAUUAUUGUAGUUUCAUUUCUAUUUUCAAUUCGGCCGAGACGUUACGUGUAGGACCAAUCUUG